AUGGGGGUAAAGAAAACUGUGGAGAGAAUUAGAUACUCUUUUUAUUGGGAAGGUCUGAGGUUAGACGUUCAGAAAUUUUGCGAGGCAUGUAAAGAGUGCCAGUUGACUAGACCAAUUAAAACUGUUGAUAGGACACCAAUCACCCCAGUAACGAGGCCAGAUCUGCCCUUCCAAAUUGUAAACAUUGAUGUGAUAGGUCCGAUUGAUCCUCCCAGUUCUAAGGGUCAUAAGUAUAUAUUAUGCUUAGUUGAUCAGCAUACCAGAUGGGCAGAAGCAAUACCUCUAACUAGCCUCUCCGCCAAGUCGACUUGUGAGGAGUUAUUACAUAUUUUUUCAAGAACGGGUAUUCCAAAUGUAAUUGCAUGUGACAAUGGAACAAAUUUUAAAGCAGAUUUGACUCAAGAAUUUGAGAGACGAAUAGGGGCCAGUCCUAAGUUUUCGACCCCUGGAUAUCCUCAAGCUAAUGGAUUAGUUGAACGGUUUAAUGGUACUUUAAAAAGAAUGUUGCAUCAUGUCAUCAGAGAGAAGAAGGUAGAGGGUGGCAUUUGCAAAUUCCUUAUGUAUUGUGGGCCUAUAGAGAAGUACCCAACUCAACAACUGGGGUGGCUCCAUUUCAACUCAUGUACGGCAGGACACCUCAGGGACCUCUGUCGAUAUUAA